AUGGCUACCGUGGAUGUGGUCGAAAUCACGGACACGAUGACUGACACAGUCGUCGUCCAUGGAAGAACAACUGGCGAUGGAGAAAAAGUCACAGUAGCAACAGAUGCUAUGCUUCAUCGUUUUGACAGAGACAGAGCAGCCCAGGUUGCCGCAGCCGAGAUCGUACCAAAAGCACGAGCUAAACGGCAUGCUGCAACGCUUGGUGCUAUCCGAAGGCUGUAUGAGGAGCGUAACAGCAACGGCAUGAAGAACCUGGUUUUCUCUACGCUCUUUAAUGGUUAUACGCAUUUGCCUUCCGAUCAGGAUCUCCACGACCUAGCUGUGGAUCAAUUUCCUCCCAGGGCGACGCUCAAGGCUCAGGUCUGCGAUUUCUAUCCGGACCACGCGGAAGUAAAAGAGGUCGCUCUUGGAGAUAUUGAAUCCCAGUGGCAAGAAAAGCCUCACGGUGUUCAAGUUCGGUGGAUACAUGUCCCAGUUGGCAGAGGAAUUUAUCAUUCCUCUAUUGAGGACUUGUUUCGACACGCAAACAGUGAGGAGCCUCGCCCGUUUAAAAACGCUGGCCAUGUUGGUUUUGCGUACGUCGAGCUGGACAAUUUGAAUUUUCGACAUCGUGAAGAGGUCGAGGAUCUCCGAGACACAUACUGCUUGCUCUCAAGAUUGGACCAUCUAUCUAGGUCUGCUCCUGAUUCAACAGAUGAUGAUUUGUCUCCCCAGACUUCCAAAACACCGACUGGGCCUGAGCCACUAGACUGGGAGUGUCAUCGAGGUGAUAGAAAUCCAAAAUUGCGAGGCGACCUAGAAUGGCGAGCAGAGCACCUUAACACCGAGCUCACCUUCUGGGAGCUAGUUGCCUCUGACAUGCCUUGGCAAAUCUCCGAUGGCCUCCCAAUAUGCGCGAGUGGGCCGCUUGGACGAAUCAAGCCAGUGAUAAACAGCUAUGAUUUUCGAAUUCUCUCCAGUCACCCGGCGUUUCUUGAUGCCCAACUCGUUCGGAAUGAAUUUCGAUUUUUCCACAGAAGCGAUGGCUUUCUUUUGACCAUGUCUGCGGCGAAAGGUGUUAACUACCUGGAUGCCCGACUACGAGAAUAUCUCCGGCAGUCUCCUGAUGACAUCUUGCUGAAUCCAGGGGCUUCGGCUGUGGGUCAAACACUGAGGGAAUUCGCCUCAACAGGAACGAGCACUUGGGAAAAGCCAACAGCUGAAUGGCUUGUUGUCCACCUCGCGACCGAAAUAGGCACUUGCCCACACAAUGACACUCUGGGCCAUAACCAGAUUUCGAUAGUGGAAGCCUACCAGGAUAUUCUUCGUGAUAUUCUUCUCCACCUUCGUACGAUCGAACAAAAUGAACUCACUAUUGUCCGCGACAGCCAGCAGCGUGCAAUUAUGCUCUUUACCGCAGUGACCGUAAUCUUCCUCCCGCUCUCCUUUUGCACUUCCUACUUCGGCAUGAACCUACAAGGAAUCUCCGACACUGCUCGUUCGGAACGGUACUUCUGGUACGUCUGCGGCACGGCCGGAUUUGCCAUAGUAAGCGUCAUUUCCAUUUAUGCCUUUUGGCACCCGGCGAAGGAUUAUUUGAUGGUCCUGCGGGAGCAGCGGAAGUCGAAGCGCUUUACAAGGGAAGAGAGGAAGAGAAGACUGAAAAGGCGGAUCUCGAGUGAAAAUGUGUAG